GAGGCGGUCCCCGGAGGGAUGGGGGGUGGGAAACGGACCGGAAGUGACGAGAGCGAGUUCCGGUUGGCCGGACCCCAGCGGCGGGUGUGAGAGUCGGUCAGGAGCCGCUUCCAGGAUACUGAGAUCCGGAGAAGCCGGGGUCAGAGCGGCUCCUCAAGAGUUACUGAUCUAUGAAAUGGCAGAGAAUGGAAAAAAUUGUGACCAGAGACGUGUAGCAAUGAACAAGGAACAAUAUAAUGGAAACUUCACAGACCCUUCUUCAAUGAAUGAAAAGAAGAGGAGGGAUCGAGAAGAGAGGCAGAAUAUUGUCCUGUGGAGACAGCCACUCAUUACCUUGCAGUAUUUUUCUCUGGAAAUCCUAGUAAUCUUGAAGGAAUGGACCUCAAAAUUAUGGCAUCGUCAAAGCAUUGUGGUAUCUUUUUUAUUGCUGCUUGCUGUACUUAUAGCUACGUAUUGUGUUGAAGGAGCACAUCAACAGUAUGUGCAACGUAUAGAGAAACAAUUUCUCUUGUAUGCCUACUGGAUAGGCUUAGGAAUUUUGUCUUCUGUUGGGCUUGGAACAGGGCUGCACACCUUCCUCCUUUAUCUGGGUCCACAUAUAGCUUCAGUUACAUUAGCUGCUUAUGAAUGCAAUUCAGUUAAUUUCCCUGAACCACCUUAUCCUGAUCAAAUUAUUUGUCCAGAUGAAGAGAGCAUUGAAGGAACCAUUUCUUUGUGGAGCAUCAUCUCAAAAGUUAGGAUUGAGGCCUGCAUGUGGGGUAUCGGUACAGCAAUUGGAGAGCUGCCUCCAUAUUUCAUGGCCAGGGCAGCUCGCCUCUCAGGUGCUGAACCAGAUGAUGAAGAGUAUCAGGAAUUCGAAGAAAUGCUGGAACAUGCAGAGACUGCACAAGACUUUGCUUCCCGGGCUAAACUGGCAGUUCAAAACCUAGUACAGAAGGUUGGAUUUUUUGGAAUUUUGGCCUGUGCUUCAAUUCCAAAUCCUCUAUUUGACCUGGCUGGAAUAACAUGUGGACAUUUUCUUGUACCUUUUUGGACUUUCUUUGGUGCAACUCUGAUUGGAAAAGCAAUAAUUAAAAUGCAUAUCCAGAAAAUCUUCGUUAUAAUAACAUUCAGCAAACACAUAGUGGAGCAGAUGGUGGCUUUCAUCGGUGCUGUCCCCGGCAUAGGUCCAUCUCUGCAGAAGCCAUUUCAGGAAUAUCUGGAGGCCCAGCGGCAGAAGCUUCACCACAGAAGUGAGAUGGGCACACCGCAGGGAGAAAACUGGUUGUCCUGGAUGUUUGAGAAGUUGGUCGUUGUAAUGGUGUGUUACUUCAUCCUGUCCAUCAUUAACUCCAUGGCACAAAGUUAUGCCAAACGAAUCCAGCAGCGGUUGAACUCAGAGGAGAAAACCAAAUAAGCAGAAAAAGGUUCUAAUGGCAGAAAUUAGAGAUGAGUUCUGCCUUAACUUGGGAGGACUCCAAACCAGGAAGGAAAAUACCCUUUUCCACCCUAUAUCAAUUUAAAAAAAAAAUGUUUUGUUUUGUUUUCUGAAGACAGUUUAGUCCAUAUUUUGCACUGACACACUUUUCCUUUGUGUGUUAAGGUAAGGUAUCCACCCUCAAUUCAAUCCAGCUUGUGUUUUAUUCAGGUGGAACGUGAUGUUCAGCAGCGAACUUAACAGAAACCGGGCUUUUCUUUGUUGCUUUCAGAAGGCCCACGUGGUACAAUUAAAGAAUUCCGGACACCAAAAACUAGUUCCUAAGUAUGUUGAGUAUGUCAAGCCUUUUAGGCUUGUCAGAAGUGACUCCUUUGUUUUUCUAAGUCAUUAAAGUGUGUAUAAAUUAUACUAGAUUGGAUAACGGUCUUGCAUGUCUAUCAUGGUAAAAUUUAUUUAAUCCUGUCCAACCCUUCCUCUCCUACCUUAAAAAAAAGGCCAUCUUAUGAUGCAUUGCACACCCUCUUGGGAAACUGAUCUUUAAAUUUUGAGACAGUAUAAGAAAAUUCUGAUUGGUGUCUCACGAAUGAGCUGACACCAUUUUUUAUUCUGUAUAUUUAGAAUGAAGUCAUGAACAAACUUUAUAAAGACAUCUUUGAUCAUUCCAAAAUUGUGUCCGUUUUCUUGAGCGUUUUGAUUUUUUGCUUCCCUUUAGCUACUUCCAACUAAUGGUCGGCUUUGUCAGAUCUACCUACAACCAUAAUUUCUUCAACCGUUGUUUAUUUACGUGUAGGAGCCACCACCGAGGCACUUUCUUGUUAACCUGGAAUUGGGGCAGCUUGCUACACAUUGAUGAAAUGGCUCCCUAGGGAUUGACAUAGCGAGGGGUUCGUGAAAACAGGAGAAAUGAAAGUAUACAAAUUAAAGGGCACUGGAGAGAGAAAUAACUCGUUUUUUCAAAAAACCACACUUUCUCCUGUCUGUGUUCGUUUUAGCUCAGCAUGUUCUCUGUUUCUGACAAAAAUUUACUUUUAGAAUGUAACCUAAUUUUCUUUCCUUUCUUCAGUGAGUGUUAUGUUCUUUUGGGAUGUUUCCAGUUGAACUUGGUUGUUUCGUUUUGCCUGGGAGGAAAAUAAACAAUUUCACUUUUUUUCUUUAGGAAAAUCUUUUCUGACAUUAUGUUAAAAGUAGAAUCGGGUUUAAAUCGCAACGGGCCAGAAAUGCCUGAUUGUUUUAUCAAAUCCUGCCUGAAUGUCUACUUAGUUUGCCUACCGUCGUGACAUCUCCAUGGCUGUACCACCUUGUCGGGUAGCUUAUCAGACUGAUGUUGACUGUUGAAUCUCAUGGCAACAGCAGUCGAUGGGCUGUCUGACAUUCUGGUAUCUCUCAUCUGACCAUCCAUACCAAAUAUUCCCAUUUAAACAUUACCUAGCCUCAUGGUUUAUGACAAAAAAAACUCUCGUCCUUAAGUCUAGUGGCACUUUGAAUCUUUUAUGCCAUGAUAUUGCAGCAGUAUCGAGAAGAUUUUAUGGAAAAUUGGGAUGGUCUCCAUGACCACAGCUAAAUAAAGGACAAACAACCUGC